AUGAGGGGAAUUUUCAUUUUAUAAACACCAAUGAAUUAUUUAAAUUCAAUAGCGGGGACACUGUAGUCGUAUUAGUAUACAUAAGAAUGCAAUUAAUUCACCGUUCACUUGCUGCAAAUCCGUUCUUCGUGACCGUUCACUCCCUGACCGAGAGGCUACACACUUGUGGCUUGUAUGAAAGAGCGUGGUUCGUUAUAAGCUGAAUAACGAAUGGAAAGAAGUGGCCGCCCCUUAUGCGCGUGAGCGGCUGUAGCCUACGUUUUUUUUUCUUCACAUUUUCCUUUUAUUUUUUAGUCUUAAAAGGAUUCGACUUAUCUACAAUUUAUGCCCCUCACGUUGCAGCGACAAAUCAGCACUGUGCUGUGGGCUGGUGACGAUUCGCUGACGCCGCUUCUCCCACACCGUUAGAGAGGACCGUAAGAGAGGGGGAAAGGCUGUGGACCGGAUUCUGUUCAAGGUGAAUGCGAACCCUGCAGCACGGAGAUCGACAUUCUUCUGACACCGGGGAGAGACACGGCUACAGACACAGCUGCGGAAAUGGAGGUGCCGAGCCUCGGACACAACAUUGGUAGCCCCACGAGCCCCUGCGAGAGCAUGAUAAAGAAUCUGAGCUUGGAGGCAAUUCAGCUAUGCGAGAGAGACGGAAGUAAGUCCCAGGACAGCGGGAUCUCAGAGAUGGAGGAGCUUCCUGUUCCGCAGAACAUCAAAAUAAACUGCAUCACGUGCGACUCCUUUAAGAUCUGCUGGGACAUGGACCCCAAGUCCAGGGACCGCAUCACGCACUACUUCAUCGACCUCAACAAGAAGGAGAACAAGAACUCCAACAAGUUCAAGCACAAGGACGUCCCGACCAAACUGGUGGCGAAGGCCGUCCCGCUCCCCAUGACGGUGCGAGGCCAUUGGUUCCUGAGCCCCCGCACCGAGUACACGGUGGCGGUGCAGACGGCCUCCAAGCAGAGCGACGGCGACUACGCCGUGUCCGAGUGGAGCCAGAUCAUCGAGUUCUGCACCGCGGAUUAUUCCACUGUGCAUCUAACGCAGUUAUUAGAAAAGGCAGAGGUGAUUGCUGGAAGGAUGCUCACAUUCUCCGUGUUCUAUCGCAAUCAGCACAAAGAGUACUUCGAUCAUGCCAGGGAGGUGCAGAACAACAGGAUGCUGCCCUCGGUGAAGGACAACAGCGGCAGCCACGGCUCGCCCAUCAGCGGCAAGCUGGAGGGCGUCUUCUUCAGCUGCAACACCGAGUUCAACACGGGCAAGCCCCCGCAGGACUCGCCGUACGGCCGCCAGCGCUUCCAGAUCGCGGCCGAGGCGCUGCUCAACCCCGACGCCCGCCUGUACUUCGGCGACUUCUACUGCAUGUACACGGCCUACCACUACGUCAUCCUGGUGCUGGCGCCCCACGGCUCGGCCGGCGACCUGUUCUGCCAGCAGCGGCUGCCCGCGCUGGACCUCGCCGACAACCGCUUCCUGACGUGCCGCCGGGGCGAGGACGGGCGGCUGGCCUUCCGCCACGCGCAGGACGUCAUCCUGGAGGUGAUCUACACCGAGCCGGUGGACCUGGCGCUGGGCACGCUGGCCGAGAUCAGCGGGCACCAGCUCAUGAGCCUGUCCACCGUCAACGCCAAGAAGGACCCCAGCUGCAAGACCUGCAACAUCAGCGUGGGCCGCUAACCGCUGCCCCGACCCUCGCCCCCAUCUCCCCCACCCCCCUCACCCCCCCAAAAAGAUUUAAAAACUCCACACAGGUCGUCCGAUCCCCUUUAACGGUCCGCCCCCACACUGUUCAGACUCCUCCUCCGCAUGACUUCACAGAUUUUUACCACACGGGCCCGUCUUUUCUUUGACCAGUUACGAUGUUUUCUUUUCUUAAAUCUGUUUCUAGAGCAUUCCACGUUCCUGUACUUUCCCGCUCUUUUUUUUUUUUCUCCCCCACUGAAGAUUCUUUUCCAGCACUGUCCUGUCAGACAGUGCUACUCCCCCCCCCCCCCCCCCCACCCAAACCCACUCUGGUUGUUAUGCCGACAGCAGCCCACUCCUCCAUGUCUUAGAGCUGCCAUGUAAUAUUUUGCCAAAGGUAACAAUAAAGGUUCAGAACUGCUGCAGAAACGCUAUGGUAACUGCUUCUAGAGGGCAUCCUGAAUGCCAGUCAGACACCUCCUGAUUUGACUGCGUUUGCUGGAGAACUUAAAUAAGCAUGAUGAGGUUUUCCCAGCAGCAUGAACUUUAAUACCGAAAACUUACAAAUGUUAUCACAUGCGCAUUGUUUGCAGUGUCUCGUUAUUUAUUAACAGAAAUCAUAUACUGUGUUGAAACAUAAUAAAUGUGAUAGAAAAAAUA